UUGGGAGUGGCAAGGAUAUAAAUUCACGGUCAUACAACUGACUAGGAGUAGUCUGUGGGACUGUUAGUAGCAGCUAAGGUUUACAGUUGGAAACUAACAUAAAAUGACAACAAACGUUAUCAGUCAACUCCUCCUGAAUAUCAAAUAUCGCCCUCACCCUUCUUCCCUUGAUGGAGCAACCGUUAGACCAUUUCCUGGUUUUGACCCAAAUGCUGAUGCAACUGCAAUAAAUAAUGCACUCGAAGCAAAAGGUGUGGAUGAAGAUACAAUCAUAGACAUUUUGACAACACGAACUAAUUGUCAACGGCAACAAAUAGCAGCAGCUUAUCAACAGGCUGUUGGAAAGCGACUCAAAGAUGUCAUUAAGAGAAAUCUGUCCAAGAAGCUGGAGACAGUGGCUCUUGAUCUGCUGAAGACUCCAGCUCAGUAUGAUGCACAUCAGAUGCAUUCUGCUAUGAAGGGUCUAGGUACUGAUGAAGGUACAUUGGUGGAAAUACUUGUAACCAGGGGAAACAAGGAGAAAAAUGACUUGAUUAAAGCCUACAAAGAAGAAUUUAAGAAAGAUCUGGCAGAAAACAUAAAAGGUGAUACAUCUGGAGCAUUUCAAAAAGCUUUGCUCAUGCUACUUGAGUCAACCAGAGAUGAAAGUAAUGAAGUGGAUCAUGAUCUUGCUGAUGAUGAUGCAAGGGCUUUGUAUGAAGCUGGUGAAAAACAGAAAGGGACAGAUAUUGACACAUUCGUUAAACUUCUGUCAAGCAGGAACACUGAGCAUCUAAAAACUGUGUUUGAGAGGUACACAAAGUACAGUCCACAUGAUGUGGGCAAGGCCUUGGAUCUUGAGCUGAAAGGGGACAUAGAAACUUUACUAAUAUCUUUGGUAAAAUGCAUUGGCAAUAGACCAGCCUACUUUGCUGAGAGGUUGCAAGCUUCAAUGAAGGGUUAUGGUACAGAUGAUAAUACUUUGAUCAGAAUUGUAGUUUCCCGUUCUGAAGUGGAUUUGAAGGAUAUUAAAGUGGAAUACAAAGCUAAAUUUGGAAAAACCCUUAACACUGCCAUCAAGGAUGAAACCAAGGGAGAUUAUGAGAAAAUCCUGCUGUCGCUCUGUGGAAGCAAUGAGUAAUGUAUGUUGAUCCAGGGCAGCUCCCAUUUUGGUGUAAACAUGACAAAGCAGUGAAAAUGACUUGGAGUUGUGGAAUCAAUACUGUAUAUCUAGUUGUACCAGGUGCAAAUAAAAUACCAAAUUGA